CUCCUACCAUCCUCUAUCUCUUCUCCCUCAAUAUCAUCCAACCAAAAAAAUAAAUCAUCCUCUCAACACCUCCAAACAUCAUCACCAUCAUCAUCAUGAACAACAACAACAACAACAACAACACAACAAUAUUAGUGAUCCCUUUCCCUGCCCAAGGCCAUCUGAACCAACUCCUCCACCUCUCCCUCCGCCUCUCCACCUCCGGCCACUUCUCCUCCGUCCACUUCGCUGGCUCUUCCAUCCAUAACCGUCAAAUCAUCUCCCGUUUCCAAGGCUGGCCUUCCUCCUCCCUCUCCACUCUCCGCAUGCACGACUUCCCUUUACCACCUUUCUCCACUCCCCCUCCCAAUCCCUCCUCCAUUUUCCCUGACCACCUUCUCCCUCUCCUCCACUCUUUAUCCCAUCUCCAACCCUUUCUUUCCUCUCUUCUCCACGACCUCUCCUCCUCCUCCAAACGCCUCAUCCUCAUCCAUGACCCUCUCAUGUCCUUCGCUGCAAAACAAGCCCUCUCUCUCAAAACAUCCACUCACAUCCAAGUUUUCAAGUACAUAUGCACUCCUUGCUUUUACCAACUCUCCUUCCUACCUAACCAAACCUCAAGUGAUCUUGUUCUUAAGCAAUUCCCUGGUUGUUUUAAUGACACUUUCUUGGAGUUUAGGAAUCGUGGACAUUAUAAUGAUAAGGACGCUGUUGAAGAUGGGUUUAUUAUUAAUACUUGUGAAGCAAUUGAAGGUGAGAUUAUUGAAGAUUUCCGGCGAGCUAAGGCUGGGAAGAUAGUGUUUACUGUUGGUCAUGUUCAUCCUCUUGUGGUUGGUGGUGGUGCUUGGAGAAGUGAGGGUUUGGAAUGGCUUGAUAAGCAAGUGGACAAGAGUGUUUUGUAUGUUGCCUUUGGUACUACUUCUAUGAUGUCUGAUGAACAGAUAGAAGAGUUAGCAAUUGGAUUAGAGAAGAGUGAGCAAAAGUUCAUAUGGGUCCUGAGAGAUGCUGAUGGUGGUGAUGUAUCUGCUGAUGAACAAAACGCUGACAAGAGAAGAAGAAAGUUGCCACCAGGAUAUGAAGAAAGAUUGAAAGGUGUUGGAAUGGUUGUGAGAGAUUGGGUUCCACAGUUGGAAAUACUAGCACACAAAGCCAUUGGAGCAUUCAUGAGUCACUGUGGAUGGAACUCAUGCAUGGAGAGCUUGAGUUUUGGAGUGCCAAUUCUUGCAUGGCCCAUGCACUCGGACCAACCAAGGAAUGCCAUGUGUGUGAGUGAGUAUUUGAAGGUGGGGUUCAUGGUGAGGGAUUGGGAACAUAGAAUGGAAGUUGUGAGCUCAAUGGUGAUUGUGGAGGUGGUGAAGAGAUUGAUGGUGAGUGAUGAAGGGAUGGAGGUGAAGAAUAGGGCAAGGGAACUUGGUGAACAAAUUAGGGUUAGUGUUUCUCAUGGUGGUUCUUCUUGGAAAGAGAUGCAAUCCUUCAUUUCAUAUAUUAGUACAUGAUUUGAGAUUUCUUUUAACUUCUUGUAAAAUUUAUAUAUUAAUAAAUAAAAUAAACGGGAAAUGGUGUUGAGGUUUCUCUCAAA